AUGAGUGGUACUACACAAGAAGAAACUACCGAAUUGAGAAAGAGACAGGCUCAAUUCGCAAAAGAAUUACACGGUGAAGAUGCUGGUUCCAAAACUGGUUUAACUGCUUUAUUCUCAAAGAACAAGAGCGCUCAGAAAGAGGCUGUUGCAAAGUACUUGAAACAUUGGGACGGUAAGACUGACGCUGAAGCUGAGGAUCGUCGUCUGGAAGACUACAACGAGUCUACUCACUCCUACUACAAUGUUGUCACUGACUUCUACGAAUAUGGUUGGGGUUCUUCCUUCCAUUUCAGCAGAUUCUACAAAGGUGAAACCUUCUUUGCUUCUGUUGCUAGACAUGAACAUUACUUAGCUUACAAAGCUGGUAUCAAAGAGGGCGAUUUAGUUUUAGACGUCGGUUGCGGUGUCGGUGGUCCAGCUAGAGAAAUUGCUAGAUUUACUGGUGCUAAUAUCAUUGGUCUAAACAAUAAUGAUUACCAAAUCGCUAAAGCUAAGUAUUACUCCAAGAAAUUCCAUUUAGAAGAUCAAUUAGACUUUGUUAAGGGUGAUUUCAUGAAUAUGGAUUUCGAACCAGCUACUUUCGACAAAGUUUACGCCAUUGAAGCUACUUGUCAUGCUCCAAAAUUAGAAGGUGUCUACGGCGAGAUUUACAAAGUCUUGAAGCCAGGUGGUGUUUUUGCAGUUUACGAAUGGGUUAUGACUGAUAAAUACGAUGCAUCUAACCCAGAACAUAGAAAGAUCGCUUACGAAAUCGAAUUGGGUGAUGGUAUCCCAAAGAUGUUCGAAUGCGACGUCGCUAGAAAAGCUUUAAAAAACGUCGGUUUCGAGGUCCUUGUCGAUGAUGAUUUGGCUGAUAAUGAUGAUGAAAUUCCAUGGUACGCACCAUUGAGUGGUGAUUGGAAGUACAUCCAGAACAUCAGUGAUUUAUCUACUUUUGUCAGAACUUCUUACUUAGGUAGAAAACUAACCAACGCUAUGGUUUCUGUUAUGGAAAGAUUAGGUUUUGCCCCAGAAGGUUCCGUUAAAGUUACCCAAGCUCUAGAAGAAGCUGCUGUCGGUUUAGUUGCAGGUGGUGAAGCUAAGUUAUUCACCCCAAUGAUGUUAUUUGUCGCUAAGAAACCAUUAGACGCCAAAUAA